UCCCGCCGCCCCCCGCCAUGUGGCUCUUCUCCAGGGACCCGGUCCGGGACUUCCCCUUCGAGCUGGGACAGCCCGGACCGGACCCGGACCCGGACCCCGACCCCGACCCCGACCCGGACCCGGCCCCGCUCUGGCGGCUGCUGCGGGGACGGCGGAAGGCGGACGGGGCCCCGGUCUCGGUGUUCUGCCACAGCCUGGUCCCGGGGGACGCGGCUGCCACGGCCCUGGCCCGGGCGGCCCUGAAGCGCCUGCGCACCCUGAGGCACCCCAACGUGCUGGGGUACCUGGACAGCCUGGAGACGGAGCAGAGCCUGUACCUGGUGACCGAGGAGGUGACGCCGCUGCGGAGGCACCUGCGGCUGCGGCCCCCGACCGGGGCCAUGGGGGAGCAGGAGGUGGCCUGGGGCCUGCACCAGCUCCUGACGGCGCUGUCGUUCCUGUGCUCCUCGGGGCUCGUUCACCACGCGCUGGGGCUCGGGGCCAUUUACGUGGCCCCGGGGGGGGACUGGAAGCUGGGGGGGCUGGAACGGGCCGCGGCCACCAGCGACGGGGCCCCCCCCCGGCCCCCCGGGACCCCCCCCCGGCCCCAGGACCCCCCCGAGCUCAGCGACCCAGCGCGGGGGCAAGGGGAGCCCUGGUGAGUUGGG